AUGCAGUAUAUAGGACUGCAACUUGGAGCUGGUGCUUUAAAGGAUAUAGUGGGGAUACCAACGUCGGUAGCAUCUGCAAGUGAGGCAGCGAAGGCAGGAAUUCCAUUGGGUCACUAUGAGGAUAGUUCUCAAAUUGAUUUUGCAUUUGAUGAUGCUGAUAUUAUAGAAGAAAGGACACUUAUUGCUGUCAUUGGGAGAACAAGAUCGCAGGGUGAGGAGUCCAUAAUCCAAGAGAAGACUAUACUAAAUGCAGCAAAUAAACUUGUCUUCAUAGUCAGAGAAAACCAGUAUAAAUCUGGUAUGGAUGGUUCUAUACCAGUUUUGGUGAACCCUGUCAACUGGAUGGAAACUGCUGAAGAGAUUGAUGACUUGUUUUUAGGUGAUGCAGAGGUUUUCCCAUUACUUGUGUUGAGUUACAGAUGCACUGCAGUAAUCGCUUCGGAAAAUGGGCUGUCUGUUGUUGAUAAUGUGCCUAAGAAUGCAGUAAAGGAACCUUAA